UAUAUUGAGGAGAACGUCAUUAGAUGUAGUCUUUUUUUAAGAGCAACGGAGCUGGCAGGUAGGAUUUCGUUUCUCCCGGUAGCUAAUCGGGUGCGGUCUCCAGUACAGUAGGUGGAGGUAAUGCACCAUAACGUUGGAUGCCAUCCGCCGAUAAACCCCACCGAAUAAGAACUGUUUUGACCACACAGCAUCCGCGUAGAUGACAGAAACCUUUGCUUUUUUUGAGGGCGACAUGACAUGCGCAUUAUACACUGUUGAUGACAUUGCUAGCUGGUUCGACCGAACUUUUUAACUGCCAACUGGAUUGCUAAAAUACAUAAAAUAUUGUCUCCUUCGUUAGACACGACCAUGCUACAGUUCCUGGCUGGGUUUACUUUGGGAAACGUUGUUGGGAUGUACCUCGCUCAAAACUACGAGGUCCCCAACAUAUCCAAAAAGAUAGAAGCCUUCAAGAAGGAUGUGGCGGCAAAGAAGAAACCUCCAGCAGAUUAAAGAAGAGAUUGUUUCUUUCGAUCCAUGUUGAUCAGAGGCAGAUUGAAGAGAUGGGGACUAUUGGAACAACAAAAUGCACACCGCAAAGGACAUAUAUUUUUUCAUCUAAUUUAAUCUAAGGUUACACGGGCAGAGGAAUAAAUUGUAAAAAUGAUUCUCUACUCAGGGUUUUUACAGUGCCUGGACUGGUCCAGUGUAAUUGUUUUGUUUGUAUUCUUAAAGUGCUUAGCUAAAUUUUUAAGAUAAUAUUAUGAGGGUUCUAUUUAUGAGUGGAUAUGCGAAGAUGACUAACUGCCGUGGGAUCUAAUAAACUUCAGAAACCUUGGCCUUAUCCUCGCAAGCAGCUGGGCAGGGCAGGCCUUUGGGUGGGGUACUGGCAAUUGCAUUUAUAUCAAGUCUAAACAUGGCAUUUUUACAAUAUACGCUUGUCAUUUUUGCCAACUAAACAGUGCAGUUACUGCUUUUGAGUGAUGUUAUCUAGAAUUAAACUGGGAGGCCUGUUCUAUGGAUUUUAUUUCUGUGGGUGUUUGAGAAUGAGUCACUCAUGUAAAUUGCAUUGUUAGGCGUCUAUUCUAAGCUAAAUGCUGUUCUCUAACAUCGUAGGCCUAAUUCAGAUGUGCCUAAUUCUGUUCAGCCUGCAUUAAUACAUUUGCUGAUGUUG